GAACGAGAGCUGAAAAUUUCGAAAGAAGUGGGAGACAAGGCAGGAGAAGGAAGAGCGUACGGUAAUCUUGGCAACGCCUAUAACAGUCUUGGAGAUUUCCGGAAAGCCAUAGAGUACCAUGAACGACAGCUAAAAAUUUUGAAAGAAAUCGGAGACAGGGCAGGAGAAGGAAAAGCGUACUGUAAUCUUGGCAACGCCUUUCGAAAUCUUGGAGAUUUUCAGAAAGCCAUAGAGUACCAUGAACGACACCUCAAAAUUUCGAAGGAAGUGGGAGACAGGGCAGGGGAAGGAAGACCGUACUCUAAUCUUGGCAACGCCCAUGACAGUCUUGGAGAUUUCCAGAGAGCCAUAGAGUACCAUGAACGAGACCUGAAAAUUUCGAAAGAAGUGGGAGACAGGGCAGGAGAAGGAAGAGCGUACUGUAGUCUUAGCAACGCCUAUGACAGUCUUGGAGAUUUUCAGAAAGCCAUAGAGUACCAUGAACGAGACCUCAAAAUUUCGAAAGAAGUGGGAGACAGGGCAGGAGAAGGAAAAGCGUACUGUAAUCUUGGCAACGCUUAUGACAGUCUUGGAGAUUUUCAGAAAGCCAUAGAGUACCAUGAACGACACCUCAAAAUUUCGAAAGAAGUGGGAGACAGGGCAGAAGAAGGAAGAGCGUACGGUAAUCUUGGCAACGCCUAUGACAGUCUUGGAGAUUUCCAGAGAGCCAUAAAGUACCAUGAACGAGACCUCAAAAUUUCGAAAGAAGUGGGAGACAGGGCAGGAGAAGGAAGAGCGUACUGUAGUCUUGGCAACGCCUAUGACAGUCUUGGAGAUUUUCAGAAAGCCAUAGAGUACCAUGAACGAGACCUCAAAAUUUCGAAAGAAGUGGGAGACAAGGCAGGAGAAGGAAGAGCGUACGGUAAUCUUGGCAACGCCUAUGACAGUCUUGGAGAUUUCCAGAGAGCCAUAGAGUACCAUGAACGAGACCUCAAAAUUUCGAAGGAAGUGGGAGACAGGGCAGAAGAAGGAAGAGCGUACUGUAGUCUUGGCAACGCCUAUGACAGUCUUGGAGAUUUCCAGAGAGCCAUAGAGUACCAUGAACGAGACCUCAAAAUUUCGAAAGAAGUGGGAGACAGGGCAGGUGAAGGAAGAGCGUACUGUAAUCUUGGCAACGCCUAUAACAGUCUUGGAGAUUUCCGGAAAGCCAUAGAGUACCAUGAACGAGACCUCAAAAUUUCGAAAGAAGUGGGAGACAGGGCAGGGGAAGGAAGACCGUACUGUAAUCUUGGCAACGCCUAUAACAGUCUUGGAGAUUUCCGGAAAGCCAUAGAGUACCAGGAACGACACCUCAAAAUUUCGAAAGAAGUGGGAGACAGGGCAGGAGAAGGAAAAGCGUACUGUAAUCUUGGCAACGCCUUUCGAAAUCUUGGAGAUUUUCAGAAAGCCGUAGAGUACCAUAAACGAUACCUCAAAAUUUCGAAAGAAGUCGGAAACAGGGCAGGAGAAGGAAAAGCGUACUGUAAUCUUGGCAACGCCUAUGACAGUCUUGGAGAUUUUCAGAAAGCCAUAGAGUACCAUGAACGAGACCUCAAAAUUUCGAAAGAAGUGGGAGACAUGGCAGGAGAAGGAAGAGCGUACUGUAAUCUUGGCAACGCCUAUCACAGUCUUGGAGAUUUUCAGAAAGCCAUAGAGUACCAUGAAGGACACCUCAAAAUUUCGAAAGAAAUGGGAGACAGGGCAGGAGAAGGAAAAGCGUACUGUAAUCUUGGCAACGCUUAUGACAGUCUUGGAGAUUUUCACAAAGCCAUAGAGUACCAUGAACGACACCUCAAAAUUUCGAAAGAAGUGGGAGACAGGGCAGGAGAAGGAAGAGCUUACUGUAAUCUUGGCAACGCCUAUCACAGUCUUGGAGAUUUGCAGAGAGCCAUAGAGUACCAUAAACGAGACCUCAAAAUUUCGAAAGAAGUGGGAGACAGGGCAGGAGAAGGAAGAGCGUGCGGUAAUCUUGGCAACGCCUAUAACAGUCUUGGAGAUUUCCGGAAAGCCAUUGAGUACCAUGAACGAGAUCUGAAAAUUUCGAAAAAAGUGGGAGACAGGGCAGGAGAAGGAAAAGCGUACUGUAAUCUUGGCAACGCCUUUAGAAAUCUUGGAGAUUUUCAGAAAGCCAUAGAGUACCAUGAACGAGACCUCAAAAUUUCGAAAGAAGUGGGAGACAGGGGAGGAGAAGGAAGAGCGUACUCUAAUCUUGGCAACGCCUAUAAUAGUCUUGGAGAUUUCCAGAGAGCCAUAGAGUACCAUGAACGAGACCUCAAAAUUUCGAAAGAAGUGGGAGACAGGGCAGGAGAAGGAAAAACGUACUGUAAUCUUGGCAACGCCUAUGACAGUCUUGGAGAUUUUCAGAAAGCCAUAGAGUACCAUGAACGAUACCUCGAAAUUUCGAAAGAAGUGGGAGACAGGGCAGGAGAAGGAAGAGGGUACGGUAAUCUUGGCAACGCCUAUCUCCGUCUUGGAGAUUUUCAGAAAGCCAUAGAGUACCAUGAAGGACACCUCAAAAUCUCGAAAGAAGUGGGAGACAGGGCAGGAGAAGGAAAAGCGUACGGUAAUCUUGGGAACGCCUAUGACCGUCUUGGAGAUUUUCAGAAAGCCGUAGAGUACCAUGAACGAGACCUCAAAAUUUCGAAAGAAGUGGGAGACAGGGCAGGAGAAGGAAAAGCGUACGGUAAUCUUGGCAACGCCUAUGACAGCCUUGGAGAUUUCCAGAGAGCCAUAGAGUACCAUGAACGAGAGCUGAUAAUUUCGAAAGAAGUGGGAGACAUGGCAGGAGAAGGAAGAGCGUACGGUCAUCUUGGCACCGCCUAUUACAGUCUUGGAGAUUUCCAGAAAGCCUUAGAGUAUUAUGAGAAGAGUGUUACAGCUUUCGACCACAUCAGGGGAAAUCUCAUAUCUAAUGACGAAUGGAAGAUAAGCCUAGCGAAUACGUAUGAUUAUAUUAAUUUGAGUCUAUGGGGGCUGCAGUUUAAGGAAGGUAAAGUCAUUGAGGCACUUUUAACUGCUGAUCAUGGACGUGCACAGGCUCUAAACGAUCUUCUGGAGUUUAAUUAUGGCCUUAAAGGGCUACGCUGCGAAAUAGGAACACUUUCUGCAAGACCAAGUGACUUUCCUGGCUACGUACCUUCAAAUACAGCUUUUAUAGCUAUCUACGAAGGAGGAAUAGUUCUCUGGGUGAGCGAGAAUGGAAAAGAAAUCAAAACUAGAAGAAGCCAGAUUGUUAUUCCUGCUACAAACCAUUUUCAGUCUCUUUUGGAAACAAUACAUAAAGAAAUAGGUGUGAGAGCUGAUGUUAAUUGUGAAGAUCGCUCGUUAAGGAACCCAUACGAUAAAAAAUUAGCAGAAGAAAGAUCCAUUACGGCAAAGUCUCAUCCUUCAUGUUUUGAGACAAAACCAUUACAAACAUUUUACAAUGCUGUUAUAGACCCUAUAAGAGACUUACUCCAGGGCGAUGAGGUUGUUGUCGUUCCAGAAGGACCUCUGUAUUUGGCGCCUUAUGCUGCUUUAAUGGACUUGAAAUCAAAGUACCUCUGUGAAACUUUCAGAAUUCGUCUGCUUCCCUCACUUUCUAGUCUCCGAUUAAUCCAAAAUAGUCCAGCAGAUUGGCACAGCAAGACUGGCGCUCUUCUGGUCGGCGAUCCGUGGGUACAGGAGGUAGUUUAUGAAGGAAGGACGCUAGAGCAGUUAGAGUGGGCCGAAAAAGAAGUGCAAAUGAUUGGGGAAAUACUUCAAACUGUACCUCUCGUUGGAAAACAGGCAACAAAAGAUGAAGUUUUGAGACGUAUCUCCUCGGUUGCUUUGGUGCACAUUGCUGCUCACGGUAAAAUGGAAACAGGAGAAAUUGCCUUGGCCCCGAACACAACACGUUCAUCCGUGAAUCCAGCCAGGGAGGACUAUCUCUUAACUAUGAAAGAUGUUCUAAAGGCACAGAUUAGGGCAAGACUUGUUGUACUUAGCUGUUGUCAUAGUGCUCGGGGAGAAGUGAAAUCUGAGGGUGUGGUCGGCAUCGCACGUGCUUUUUUAGGUGCUGGUGCUCGUUCUGUUCUGGUGUCCCUGUGGGCGAUCGACGACGAAGCUACUAUGGAGUUCAUGAAAGUUUUCUACCAACACAUAGUCCAUGGACGAAGUGCCAGUGAGGCCCUGAAUAAAGCCAUGAAAUCCAUGAGAGAAUCUGACCGCUUUAGUGCAGUGAGGUACUGGGCGCCGUUUGUUCUCAUUGGUGACGACGUAACGCUCGAGGUUGAGGGCAUCAAAUAAAUAGCAAGGUAUUUUGGGAUGUAUUUAAACCUGGGAUCAUAUCAAGUGCUUAAACGUAACAGAUAUUUUAUAGGGCAACGAAUCUUAACCGGUGCCACUUAACAUCAAUCUGCCAAUAACAGGUUAUGUUCAGUUAAAAAGGACUCUGACUUUGGUAUUUCUUUAGGCAGUUAAACACGAGAACAUUUCUGCACCUUACAAAUUGUCGGUGGCCCUGUUUGAGUUCGUUCCAUGGAAACAUUUAUAAAGUAGAACCUGCCUUAAGGUGGCUCCGUAAUUAACCCAAGAGCAUUUAGCUGUGACAAAUUUUCCGUCAUAACUUUUUCGAUUUUAACGCAAUGGCUGCGAAACUUUGCAAUUAACAACAGAUAUCAUUCGGCAAUAAUACGAAAUAUUCCGAUUUCAUUGAUGGUAAAUAUUUCUUGAGAAAUUAGCGCUUAAAAGGACCCUACUGUUCAAAGAAAAUCGCGUCUAGUAAAAAAUUUUGCUGAUAUUUUUUACUGAAAUUUCUGGUAUCGGCUUUAAAGGAUAUAAUAAAUAUGCCAGAGGAAUUUCAGAAAAAUCGUUGGAGCAGAAGUCCGUAACUAAAAGUCGGUCAAAAUUCAGCUGUGAAAUUGUUUUGGAAUUUCAAAAAUAAAUUACUAUCAGAAAGAAGGAGCCACCAGUUUGAAUUUUCGGGACAAGUAAAUUCAACGCUUGCUAAUUCUUAAAACAAAAGCCGAUUGCCUAUCGUGCUAUUCUUUGAAAGGUACUUUUUAGUUUUAGAAGAACUAUAAAUUGCUCCAAACCUUGCUCUGAAGUAGAAUGACUUGUUCGUCGACAGUUUUAAAAUAUCCCUUGGCAGUUUUGGCUCAAACUCCCGCUGCAUACAUUUUGAGGUAUUGCCAUGCAUUUUCAACGACUUUUACUGCCGUUCGUUGCUUCCAACUCAGGAAAAAAGUAUUGAGAUUGGACGCUACCUCGUAUCAGAGCUCAGAAAGAACUGUCCAGCACCUUUGUUUAUGACUACAAAAUGAGCACGAGCGGCAGCUCUGCGAGGAAUUCGCACCUCAACCAGGGGGGACGAGUGACAAUGAUGCCCUUGCAGAGCAAAACAUAAUAAUCAAGAAAAAAAUACCCAUUCAUUGAAGGAAGGAGUGACAAAAAUUUCGGAGUUGUAAAUUUAUUAACGGGCAGUAUUUUUGCGAUAAUUUUAUUUUGCACUGUGAUGUUAUUUGGAUCACAAGCAUGGUCAUCAUUGUCGUUCGUCCCCCCUGGGUGAGGUGCGAAUUCCACGCAGAACUGCCGCUCGUGCUCAUUUUGUAGUCAUAAACAAAGGUGCUGGACAGUUCUUUCUGAGCUCUGAUACGAGGUAGCGUCCAAUCUCAAUACUUUUUUCCUGAGUUGGAAGCAACGAACGGCAGUAAAAGUCGUUGAAAAUGCAUGGCAAUACCUCAAAAUGUAUGCAGCGGGAGUUUGAGCCAAAACUGCCAAGGGAUAUUUUAAAACUGUCGACGAACAAGUCAUUCUACUUCAGAGCAAGGUUUGGAGCAAUUUAUAGUUCUUCUAAAACUAAAAAGAACCUUUCAAAGAAUAGCACGAUAGGCAAUCGGCUUUUGUUUUAAGAAUUAGCAAGCGUUGAAUUUACUUGUCCCGAAAAUUCAAACUGGUGGCUCCUUCUUUCUGAUAGUAAUUUAUUUUUGAAAUUCCAAAACAAUUUCACAGCUGAAUUUUGACCGACUUUUAGUUACGGACUUCUGCUCCAACGAUUUUUCUGAAAUUCCUCUGGCAUAUUUAUUAUAUCCUUUAAAGCCGAUACCAGAAAUUUCAGUAAAAAAUAUCAGCAAAAUUUUUUACUAGACGCGAUUUUCUUUGAACAGUAGGGUCCUUUUAAGCACUAAUUUCUCAAGAAAUAUUUACCAUCAGUGAAAUCGGAAUAUUUUGUGUUAUUGCCGAUUGAUAUCUGUUGUUCUUUGCCAAGUUUCGCAGCCAUCGCGUUAAAAACCAAAAAGUUAUGACGGACAAUUUGUCACAGUUAAAUGCUCUUGUAUUAAUUACGGAGCCACCUUAAGGGACCACCUAAAAUGCCAAUAAUUGCUGAUCGCUAAUGGACGGUGGUUCCAGGUAUGGUGCUUUGGGUGGAAAAAUGAUUUUGUAUUAUUGAUGAGUGAUCGGUUAUAAGAUGCAAGAGAGGUGAUUCUCACCGGCUGAAAGAGACAUGUAGGAAGCUACCGUAAAUCCUCUAUUAAGCCACCCCCUUCCGGGACUUAUUUCUUUCAAGCAUGUUUAAGGGGCGAGCUUAUUUAUUUAUUUAUUUAUUUAUUCCUUUAAUUCCUAGCUGAUACAUAGUUAUGUAAAAUAACUGAGAAAAAUAAUAUAGUAACAGAUAAAGAUUUACAAAGGAAAAAACCGCGUAAAAUAGUUAUUACAACACUUAAAUUGAAUUACAUUGUAUAUUGGAACGAGAGGAGAGGGGCACAUCUAGAUAAACUAAUAUUGUGCUCCUUAAAGUUAUGUAUAACAAAGGACUUAAGAUUAUUAAUAAAAAAGUAAAGGAAAAAUGACAAAUAGCUCAGAAAGUUAUAAAAGGGAUAUUGAUUCAUUAGUAUUGAGCCAGGUACCAGCGUGAAAGUGCUUUUUUAAACAUUUUUUUUAGAUGGUUUGUCUCUAAUGGAUUGCGGAAUAUCGUUCCAAAAGAAACUUCCAAUAAUGCUGGGGCAAAAUCUCCUAAGAUUAAUGCGAAAUAAAGGUAUUGCAACUUGAUUGGAUGAUGCACUGCGGGUACUGUAAUUAUGUAGUUCAGAUACUAAUGAAACAGGUAUAUCAGGAAACUUUUCAUGGUGGAAAAAAGCAUACAUGUGUUCAGUUUAACAAUAUCAGGAAAUUUCAGAGGGCCUAAGGAUGCGUAGUGUGGAGUUAUUGAUUCCAUUAAAGGAACAUCAUUUAUAACACGAACCGCUUUGUUUUGUAACUUUACGAUUUGAGACAAUGGAGCGUUAUAAUUAUUUCCCCAAAGUGUACAAGCAUAAGUAAGGUAAGGAUAAAUAAGAGAAUAAUACACACUAAUGAGUGUUGCUUUUGAUACAUAAUGAUUCAACUUAACCAUUAUAUUUAUAUUUUUGCUAAUUUUGCCACAUAUGUAGUCAAUAUGGUCAUGCCAAGUAAGGUGACAAUCAAUAUACACACCAAGAUAUUUUACAUAAAAGAUCUUCUCUAGAUGAACAUUUGCUACGGUUAGUGGUGGAUAAAGAUUGUAGCUUUCCUUUUGACGAGGCAUAAAGAUAAGAAACUUAGUUUUUGUCAAAUUUAAGGUCAAUUUAUUACUGCAUAACCAUUCGUAGACAGCUGGUAAAUGAUUGUUAAUUUCACACAAUAAACUGUCAAGAUCACUUCCAGAAGCUGUUAGAGAUGUAUCGUCUGCAUAUAAUCUGGUAGAAAAAAACGGUGGAAGACUUUGGAAGGUCAUUAAUGAAAAUAAUGAACAGCAAAGGUCCUAGUAUCGAUCCUUGAGGCACACCAGUGGAGACAAAACGUGUAUCGGAAGCAACACCAUUUGCAUGCACCUGCUGUUUCCUAUUAUUUAAGUAGGAUUGAAACCAUUUGUAUUCACUUUGUUGUAAUCCGUAGUACUUAAGUUUAUUUAGUAAUAUUUGAUGGUUUACUGUAUCGAAUGCUUUACUUAAAUCUAAGAAUAAAGAAACCACAAAAAGUCCUUUAUCAAGAGAGGAGGUUAUUUCUUCAAUAAGGUCAAUCAGACAAUCAGAGGUUGUAAAACCUGGUCUAAAUCCAUAUUGUUUUGGUGAAAUCAUAUUUUUAUUCGUAAAAUAGAACAACAGCUGAUUAAAAAUACAUCUCUCAAAUAUUUUACUUAUGGAAGAGAGAACUGAGAUAGGUCGAUAAUUACUACAUGCAAAACGAGAGCCUUGUUUAAAAAUUGGAACAACUUAAGCAAAUUUCAUACUAUCAGGAAAAAUGCCUUUGUUGAUGGAAAGAUUAAAAAUAAAUGUUAAAGGACGGUAUAUUUGAAGUACUGCAGUUUUUAAUAAUAGUGUAUGAAUCUUGUCAAUCCCAAACGACUUGUUUGUGUCAAGACUUUCUAGUAAUAAGAAUACCUCUAUUUCAGAGACUUGUGCGAAGCGAAAUUGUUUUCGUUUCUGAGAAAGAUAAGAGGUUGCACUCUUAUCAGAUUUAGGCAGUUGUGCUGCUAGUGUAGAAGGAACAUUACAAAAAAAAUCGUUAAGGCAGUUGGAGAUAGUUGAAGAUUGUUCAUAUCGUUUAUUAUCCACUUGUAGUUUUUCUAUGUGAGAACUUGGCCGCUUCUUAUUUAUCAAUAAAUUGAUGUUAUCCCACAUCUUUUUCGUGUUAUCUGAUUUGAUCAAUAUGUCAUAAGAGCAGUCACGAUAUAUCUUAUUAAUGAUAGCAAUUUUAUUGCGAUCUAGUUUAUAUUUGUUUAGGAAAACAUAAUUUCGAGUAAUAAGCCAUUUCUUGUAUAAUUUAUCUCUAACUUUCAUAGAUUUCUUUAAACCAGAAGUAAUCCACGGUUUAUAUGCUUUGUGUGUAAUCUUGGCUUUUUUAAGUGGUGCAUGUAUAUUACUUACUUUAUUGAAGAUAUGGAGGAACCGGGUAUAACUUUCAUUUACUUCAUUGCAUUUGUAAAUAGAAUCCCAGCUCUCUCUUCGUAGAUCUAAUUUGAAAUUUUCAUCUUCAAAACUCCCAAAGUCUCUGAAUUCGAAAUAAUCAGGAAAAGGACCAAAUUUCGGGUCAUACAAAAUAGUAAAGACUGGUAGAUGAUCCGCAAUCUCAACUGCGAGGCUGCCACUUGAGCAGGAAGUCGAAAUAUUUGUAAAGAUAUGAUCAAUGCAGCUUUGUGAAUUUUCAGUAAUACGUGUUGCUUCAAAGAUCAGCUGACUGAAUCCUUCUGAUUGUAUUAGAUUACUAUAUUCCUUAGAGAUACUUGUUUUUGUAAGCAUAGGCGUACGGGCAAUUUUUUGCCAGGGGGGGCGGUAAUCCAUUUGCCCAAAAAUUCUUGCAAGUUGCCCAAAUUUUUACAAAACGGUCGAAAGGAAACUAGGGCCAUGCAACAACAUAGGCCGUACUGGCAUAUGAAAGUGGCUUGAUACAGUUUUUCAGAGUUAAUACCUGCCAAGUUUGAGCAUAAACUACGUCACCACAAACAAGCAUUUGGAAAAAAUUGCCACCACAGUUGUAUUAGGUAAAGAGGGAAAUUUGUCACGAUCAGGAUUGCAAUGACAUCGGAGCUGUCAUAGCAACGAAAUGACGCCAUUACCUAUUAUACUUGCAGCAAUAUUUCUCACUGGGAACUGUUCUUACAAAAUCGUUCAGGGGAGCUCUUUCCUCCAAUAGUCGCCUCGAUGUUCGUGAAGUUAAAACGGAACUGUCAGAGCGUUACCGAAAUAUUUUGGGAUGAAGUUUUUAUUGUUAGAAAUAAGGUAAAAAAGGAAAAUCUUGAUGUUUAGUCGUAAUCUGAAGAAAACGAAGCGCUUUUGACAUGCAAUUCCUCCUCAUAGUAGUUUCAAUCUUUUUAAAUACGUGUGUGAAAGAUCAUGGAGAUAGCUCCUGUCAAUUGCUAUAAAGAAGGAUUUGAUUAGCGCUAUUGUUAGGGGUUUUGUAAACAUUUCGGUCUACUUAAACAAAUAAAUGAAUAAUUUUUAAACCAGUCAAUAGAUUUUUUUAAACUAAUUAAGAUUCUUCUCGUAAUUCAAACUGAGAAUUAGUCAGCCACUUCACUUUCAGAGCCAUUGCUGAUGCGUGUUCUGCCACACACUGUUCUAGGAGCGGUGGUGAUUCUAGAAAGUUAUCCGGAAGUUUAUUCUAAUCACUUCACGACUGGAAAUAGCCCAUUCCAGCCAGUGCAGUGCAGUACAGUGCCCAACAAAAAAAAAUCAGCAUAUGAUACCCUUCCCUUAUAACCAGAAACUCAUCACGUGUUAGGCAACCACUGUCUCGCGUGAACGUAACUGAAUUAUUACGCCGACUUCUGGUUAAAAUAGAAAAUAUUUAUCUCUUCAAAAUAAUAAUAAUAAUAAAAAACAUGGAAACGUCUUUAAAAACCGGCUUUGCUCAAAUUUUCUCUUGCUGCCCAAAAAAUCUGAGUUGCCCAAACUUUGGGGGGGCUGCAGCCCCCCUAGCCCCCCCGGCCCGUACGCCUAUGUUUGUAAGAGUAUUUAUAUUAGUAUCACCCAUUAAAAUGCAUUUUUUCUUAGAGAGAAAAACAUUGUGUAGAGUUCUUUCGAGUUUGUCCAGAAAUUCUGGGUUUGAAAAAUUUGGGGGUUUAUAAAUGACACGCACAAUCAUAUCAUUAGUUUCUAUCCAUAGGUUUUCAAUUGAGUCUAUUUUGAGGUCAUUUCUAAUUGAGAAAGAAUAGCCUGAUCUGACAUACAAAGCAACACCGCCACCUGUCGAAAAGGUGCGAUUUUCAUUGAGUAAAGUGUAACCUGGGAUUUGAAAACGUGUAUAACCAGUUUCAGAGGUGAACCAUGUCUCGGAGCAACCGAUAAAAUCAAACUUACAUGAAAUCGAAUCCAGAAGAUUGCACAUUUGUUCGAAAUGUUGUUUUAAACUUCUUGUAUUUAAGUGAAUAACAGAGUAUUGAGGUUUGACAAUACGAGACAACUCGUUAAUUUCUUCAACUGUGUAAAUCCCAUGAUCAUUUAGCAAUUGUAAAUUUAAAUCAGGGUCAGAGGACUCUUGGGUCAUUUGCAUAACGUUUUAGCUUGACGAAAUUUAAAAGUAAACAAUUUAAGAUAAAUGUACACAUUUAAGAUGGGACUUACACAUAAACAAAAGUGUAUACUGUUCAAACAUCUCAAGCCUGAUGUAGCUCACCGUCGAUAUAAAGCUUGCCAUGAUGAAAUCUAGGUCUUUUCCCAGCUUCAAAUGCCUCUUUCAUAACAGAUCUCAAUUGUUUCUUCUUUUGACGGUCUUCCCAUAUCAUAUCAUGCGAAACGCGCACACCAUCACGUAGAUCCCUCUUCUUUUUAAUAACUCUAAACCGUUCCGGACGAUACAAAAACUUAGCCAAAUUGGUCUGGGAGUGCCAUCAUCCUUGAAGGGCCCGAUCCGGUGGGCGUUCUCGAUGUUUGAUUGCAAUUGGAGAUCAUUUUCUAUGAUAUCACGGAGCUUUGCAAUACAAUCUUCGCCUGUUGAUUCUGGGAUGUUGUAAAAUCUCAGAUUGUAGUCCCUAGAAUAUCUCCCCAGCGACAACAAUCUCUCGUAGGUGUCAUCGAUCUCUUUUGCAUACUUGGUGAUAUCGUUCUCGAUUUGGUCGAUUCUUGUGUUAACUUCAUACAGUUGUCCUGUUAAUACCUCCAGCUUUGUAUCCAAAGAUUCCUUCAGUUUUGAAAUCGAGCUUUCAUUUUUCUUGAUUUGACCUUGAAGAUGUCUCUCUGAAUCUUGACUUGAGUUCCUUUCAUUUCUUUUAGGUCGUCACUUAUUGAACUCAACCGGUGGCGUACAAACGCCUCAAAAUCCUCUUCCACAACUUCUUUUUGCUUUCCUCUUUUUGAAGACAUUGUUUGUUACUUGUUUGAUUAGUUUGUAAAAGAAAAAGUAAGAUUUACGUGAGAAAUUAUGUCAGGUUGGUAGAGCCAACAAAAAACGCGGCCAUCAUUCUCGCUGACCACUGAGUAUGAUGAGCUUAAUAGAGAGGGAGGCUUAUUUAAGAGAAGAUUGUGGUAUGACUAUCGAUUCUCCAUAAAGACGCAGAAGCCAAAGUACAAAAACUGAAUCAUAUGAAGUUGGAGGUCGCACAGCCGAAGAUCAAAAACAAAUUUGAACUUCCAGGGUGUGAAUAAACCAUACGAGAUUAGUCCACGUGAGGUGUUACAAUCGUGAUACAUUAUGAGAUCUACCAUACAUCUGUUAUUUAAGAAUAGGGAGAGGGGAGCUUAAGAGAGAGGGAAGCUUAAGAAUUUUCUUUCCUUGAAAUGGGGUGGGGGGGGGGGACAUAUUAGAGAAGGGGGCUUUAUAGAGGGUUCAUGGCAUGAAAGUAUCAAUAAAUUUACGAUAAGGCUCUUAACUGGCUUAAAUUUUAUCUUUUACUCUAACAGAUUUAGAAUAUUGCACCUCGCCGGCUCAAAUCGCUAUCCUUUACUUCUGCUAGCUUGCUAAUGUUGCUUUUUUCUGUUUUUGUUGUAUAGGUACGAAGCGAAUGCAGUGAAGCGGUUCCUACCUGAAGUUGAACUCAUUUUCUUUGUGUAACAAAUACAAAGUGGAGCGUUCAUCGCGUAGGAACUUCUUAUCCCGAAGAGAAAAUUAAGUGUACUUUUCGUAGAUUGUUUUAGAAGACUAUUCGUGUGCACACCUUUGCGGUAGUAACUUGUUCAGGAGUCACCUGAGAAGGACAUCAGGAAUCAGUAGUCAAUUCUUAUUUUCAUUAUUAUACCAUAUUUUACAGAGUCAUUUUAGACGUGUCUAUUGACAAAUCAUUAAUUUUGCAGUUUUUCAUUUACUCGCUUUUAGUUAUGGGUAAGACUGCUAUUUCAUAAACUUUUUCACGUGCGCUUUUUUUAAUAUCAAGUUGACAAACGAUUUGGUUUUUAAGGACAGUGUAAGACCCUAAGAUAUCUUAUCGGCAAGUGGAACAACCCCAGCAACAGGGUAAGGUUCUAUACUAAAUUAGGCGUACCCAUUGAAAGCAACCUCGGGUCUUAACUGUGCUAUCUCACAACGUCUUCAGCCCUGUUGUGACACCGCGUGAACGCUUUCCAGAUGGCUCCUCUCAAGUUUGCAAAAAAAGAAGUCUCAUGAAUUGACCUCAAGACGUGUCCUUUGCACAAACGCUACAAAUUCCAGUUAGCGUACUUUAUUAUAUCUGCUUAUUUUAUUGUUUUGUUAAUUGGACCCCCGAGGCCCCUAUAUUCAGGCUAGUUCGGUUUAUGCCGCGGUUCAGGCACAAAAUCAAAUACAAAAUUUCAAAAACCAGAAAAACAAAUAUUAAAAAAAUUUCAAAACUAAACGCAAAAUACAAGUUUCCAGUUUUAUUCGUUGCGCUUUUGUUUCUUCUCUUCAAACCAGUUAUCGUUUUUCAUCAUUUUUUCUCCAUUCAGCUGAGGAAAGCUGAAACUUAAGGUGGAGGAAUGUAAAGAGAGAAUUUAUUUUUAUUAAAUUUUUUUGCUUUCGCUGAUUGAAAUAUGAAAAGCCAAUGUAGAAAUUCUUUAUUAUUUAGUCUUAGCUUCCCUAAACCGUAAACAGCCUGUCUGAGUCUGAGUUUCUCCAGUUUAGUUAACUCGGCUAGUCAGCUUUCCUAUUUAGCUGCCAGUGGAGCUUAGCUCCCCAAAAUGUCUCGAUCUCUGGAAAUUUUUUACUGUGUGGCCCUCUCAGUCACCCCUCCCUUCACAACUUAGUUCUUCGUGUCGGAAAUCUAUAUACAGUUUUGGUUUUCUAAGACAAACAGGGCUUUGCCACCAUCGUUCCCGAUGUUGUUUUACCAUCAAGUUUUCUGAUUUCUCUUGCCGGAUACCUUUUAUCUUUUGCCUUAACUGUAACCCCUUUUCCUGUCGCACAGUUCAUUUGUUUGCUUGCGUAUGAAUACAAGUACUUAAAGCAGUUUCUCCACUUUAGUCAUUGUUUAGUUAGCUUGGCUAGUCUUAAAGUUUACUAUUUACCCUGUGGAGCCUCGUCCUAGAAGGUUUCACCCUCUGGUAAGUCAGUCACCUAUCUCUUCACAACUUAGAUCUUCGUGUAGGUAACCGAUAUACAGUGAGGAAUAUGCUUAUAGAGGGAAGAAUAUUUCUGUUGAAAUGCACUGCACUUGCUUCACUUUAUGGCUCAGAGAGCGACAAAUAUUAUAUUUAUUGUCGUUUAGAGCACAGGCGGCCCAGACGUAGUAUGUGUCACUGAAUGAAUAUAUUUAUAUUCACAUGGACAAAUUAAUGCGAUGAGUCGUCGAAACUCCCAUGGACUAAAAUAGUCUAAACGUCAAAAUAUAACAAAACAAAGCUAAGAUACCUUCAACUGAACGUAUCCUUGUCUUUCCUGGCCGGUUUAAGUGGCAUUUUAUUGAGUUUUGCAAUUGUAGGUACUAUCCACUAAAGAAGAAUUAAAGGCUGGCUACAAAACAAACAGACCAUCUCCACGCGCCUUCACACGAAGCGCUAUAAAUUUGAGAAUAAUCGACGAAUCCGCUCCAAAUAACCAUCGGCUAAUCUGCAGGUAACGUGUGCUCCUGCUUCUGGCUCGCUUGCUCCACAAAACCCAUCGCAACUGCACAAUAAUUGCUCGCUCAUCAACAACCACUGUUGACCUUUACGCUUCGAUAUGACCGCAAACGACCAGGUAUAAUACGCGACGUGAAUAUUCAAGCUUAGCGACCGCGUUCGCGCAACAAUGCAGCACUUGCUAUGGGAGGGAUGGUACUAUUGACUAGUUUCUGCUUGUACUCAUUUCCUUUUUGUCUGACAGUCUAUCUGUUUUACAAGUUAUAUAUACCUUGGUCUUUCUUGACCAUCCAAUCAUUUUUAUUUUGUUUGUUCCAUUUGAGUGUAACUAGUUUCAUUACCUGUUUUGUUUUAAUAUUGUAACUAUUAUUGAGUGAUUACCUAUUUACACUUUGUAAUAAAGGCUGUCAUAGUCCCAAUCUUGCCUGUGUCGUGGAUCGUACGACACGUGAUACACUAUGCCCUGAUGUAAUAAUGAGAUGCACGCUCCGCAUGUGCUCAGAAUACGGACCGUUAGCGAUGCUGACGGUUUGUACGGAGCGUACGAUCCGUCAACUGCUCUUAACGGUCCGUAACAGUGCGGCAGGACUGGACAGGAAAGUACUGCUCAGCAGCUUUCAUUUGAAUUGGCACGGACAUUUUAGGAUUUCAUCCACAAACUUGGAUAUUUAAGCUGGCUUAUCGUAAAGUUAAAAAUGCAUCGUUUCAGGUGUCGAAAGAAAAAAUUCUCUGUCCUAAAAAUCAUCUUUUUUGCUCACUCAAUUAACAUAAAGAGGAACUUUUCGUGGAAAAGUCUUAGUUCGUACUUUUAAAUUUAAAAAUUGAUCCCAUGCUUCGGGCUGAGUAUAUUUUUAAUCCUCUACAUCAGGGGCGAACAUAUUCUCCUGAGAAUAACAUCUUUUUUUGUAUCACCGUGGAUACAUGCCUACUCACAGAGGAAAGGGUUGGGAAAUUAGAAGUAAAGAAACACGAGGGGAGGGGUGAUGACACUCGCGAUGCACUGUGCCCGCCCCCGGACGGAGGCAAAUUGUCGCUGUGACGUAAGAUUUGAGCGACCGUUAAUUACGUCACGUUCAAGUGCCCAGUCAUACGCAUCCCGAGAAAGAAAACUCUGAUGGAAAAAGUUUAAAAUCAAGCGCUUUGCUAGCGGUUGUGAUGAAAGCGUAGAAGGGAAAGACAAAUUAUCGACAGAUCCUUUGACGGCAAUUUUGGCGAGUCUGGACCAUUUUAGGGGAUUUAUGGAGCUUCGAACUGGAACGGUCGGCUUCAGAGUUCCCAGCCUUCCCAUUUUUCUUACACUUUAAUCGUACAACUCAAAAUCUUAAACGUACAUAAAACAGCUUCCAAAUGGCUCUAGAGGCGAAGAGACAGUAAAUGACAAAACACAAACUGGUAAAUCAUUUUUAUUUCUAUUUUUGUCCAAAAUUGGAAUUUAGGAUGUAUCUUGUUUGUUUUCAUAUAUUCUCUUAUAAAUUCAAAGUCCAACGAACUCCCACAGAGUUUGAGCUGCCCGUAACCUGCGAUCAUGCCCUCUCCCUUUAUCUCUGUAAUCUGUUUUCGGGAGGAGGACGUUAUUUUUUUUCCUCUCGAGCCAAAGAAGCAAAAAAAAAUUGACGCCUGAUCUCAGGUUAGGCUGCCUGUGGACUGACGAUCGACCGAGUCUCGACCGACUAUCGACCGACUAUCGACCACUAUAUCGACUGAGUGUCGACCGACCAGCGACCGAUAGAUCGAUCGACACUACCUUGACACUACCUACAGUAAACAUGAUCCCAUUUAUCGAAGAAACACCUGCCUUGCUUCGCUGUAGGAAAACAACACGGAACAAACAGUGAGCCGCAAAACCGUAUAAAAUGGUUUUGACUUGAGCUCAGGUUACAAAGAAAAAGCAAGAACAGGCCCAAGUUAACGUAAGUACAAUUUAUUUCUAUAUUUCUACGUUUUAAUAACUGUAUUGAAUUUCUCAUACAAAGUCUUUAAAUCGUUCGUAAUAUGCAAAACAGUAGUAAUUUAUGCACCUAGCUUGGACCGCCCGUGGCAUAUCAACUUCCUCAGUGGAAGAUUCCAUCCAAAAGCUCCAGCAUCUGUUUUAACAUCUUUUUGUAAGCUUUUUGGUUAUUCGUUAAGGGAAAUAUUUAAAAAUAACUAUAUUAUUAGAUUUAAUGUGACCCUCAUAUGCUUUAUUAGUUUUCAAAUUUUUCUAGAUGGCUGCAUUUUGGGAGCUAUUUCUGGAGGCAUACGUCAGUCGGUUUUUGUUGACGUAAUUUGAAAAGUGAAACUGAAAUCUAAAGGAAGGGAAAAAUCCCAUACGUUCAACUUUUUCUUGGAAGAAAGGUUGAUUAUUCCUUUAGGUAAGUUUUAUACAAGUCCUGUUAUUUUGUGAAGGAAAGUGCAAUUGACUUUUAUACUUAAACUAUAUAAUUUCCUCGUUGACCCUUUCGUCGUGACAAAUCAAGCGAAGUAUCAAGACUACUUGGGAAUUUAUAACUGAGGUAGGCUUGCAGCUGAAGUUACACUACUGAGAAUUCCAAGGUUCCUUUACCUUAGACAUGCAUUUGGUUGUAUACCUGCGAACUCUCACGCAUUACGACAGGAGCUGAUUAUGCUUGUUUCACCUGUGCCGAAAGACAUCAAUCUCGCGCAUCAAGGACAAUUUCUCACGCCUGACUUACAAAUCCAGACAAAUUGUUUUUUAAUACAUGAGUAAUAACGAAAAUUUAAUUCGAUUUCCACAAAAAAAUUCCAAAAAGGCAGAAAAGGCUUUGAAUGAGGUGUCCUUACGAAGUCAGUUAAAACACGCCAAAGUUGUCGUCUUUUCUUUUGUGUUCAAAUGUCGUCGGAACAUCUUCGGGAGUUUUCGGUUAAGUUUAGAAGGCUUUGGAAAAUUAUCGGAAAUCCUCGGAAGACACUGGGACGUUUUCGAAAAUCAUACGAUCAUGGCAAGGCGAAAAUCUCACGCAUGUGACCCAACUUUUGUCAAAGUAUAUCUGUUUAAUAAGGCCUUGUUGUCUAUGAUCUUUCAGAUCACAGGGGACUUUUUUCAGUGAUAGUACCCAACAUAUAGGAUUUCCUCUCAGCCCAUUCAGUAAUCUAGUACUCAUACAUACAUGGUUAUCAUCCCACUCUGUGUACAGUUGAACCUCCAUUAAGGUGACUAGACCCAGUUUUUUUGGGGGGGUACCAUCCUACUUUGAAGCUCUCUGGUAUCCCCAUCUUUACUUUUAUCGUAAGUCUAACACAAGGAUUGGAUAACAUAUAGAUCAAUCUACAAUACAACAUAAACUUUUUGGCGAUCGGAGUAAAUGUCACGUGGUUAUAAUGCCACGCCCCUUUGAGGUCUGAGUCGAAAAUCUGCUGUUGCCGGCGUUUUUUCGUGAAAAUCUCUCGGCUACACAUAGUGCGCAUUAAAGCCUUGCGCUGGACAGAGUUUCGACAAAAUCGCAAAGACCCAAUUCGAGAAAUUCAGCGGUUUCUAAAUUGAGGUCAUAAUUUAUGCGAAAAUGAUAAGCAAACUUUACACGGAUUAUAUCUAAUAAACUAUGAGAUUCAUCUCUGUAUUUUGGGCAUCGUUAUAACAGAUGGGUCCUUGCAAGUCAGCAAAACGCUUUAGGGCCUUGUAAAUGCGCGCGAUUUCGAGCAAAGCAAACAUAUAGAAAUUACAGUUUUCGCUAUUUGUUGACGUUUGUCAGCGUUUAAGAGUCCUUCUCACGAAAAAAGCAUUUUCUUAAAAAUUCGUAGUUUUUUUUCCUUCAAAUUUUUUCAGGGCCACAAUUGAUUAACUAACUACCCGGACUCUGAAUUUCAUGGUCAUUGAAAAACUGUGACAUUACCUUCUAUAAGCCCAAACUUGAGUAAACAUUGAAGAUUUUUAGCGUUUUGGCUGAGUUUGUGCUUUGGGAGUUGUCUAUUGUUUCUAGUCUGUCAUUAUACAGCAUUCUUGUUCAGCACGCGUGCAAUGACCGCGCUUGGCUGACUUCCGAAUGCUCACCGAGAUAUUCCCGUCACGAGUUCGUUUAAUUAUUGGCUUGCAUUAAACCUAUGAAAAAAUGAUAUUUUUUUAACAGUAAGUAGAUUUAGUGUGUAGCACUUGAUUUUUUUGCAAAGGCACAAGAAGCACGAGAAUUGAUUAAAAAUUGUGAGUUAAACCUCUAUGUAUCACGCGAUGGCCUGUCUCACUGUACCAAAAUUAUCAGAUCUCGGUGAGCAUUCGGAAGUCAGCCAAGCGCGGUCAUUGCACGCGUGCUGAACAAGAAUGCUGUAUAAUGACAGACUAGAAACAAUAGACAACUCCCAAAGCACAAACUCAGCCAAAACGCUAAAAAUCUUCAAUGUUUACUCAAGUUUGGGCUUAUAGAAGGUAAUGUCACAGUUUUUCAAUGACCAUGAAAUUCAGAGUCCGGGUAGUUAGUUAAUCAAUUGUGGCCCUGAAAAAAUUUGAAGGAAAAAAAACUACGAAUUUUUAAGAAAAUGCUUUUUUCGUGAGAAGGACUCUUAAACGCUGACAAACGUCAACAAAUAGCGAAAACUGUAAUUUCUAUAUGUUUGCUUUGCUCGAAAUCGCGCGCAUUUACAAGGCCCUAAAGCGUUUUGCUGACUUGCAAGGACCCAUCUGUUGUAACGAUGCCCAAAAUGAAGAGAUGAAUCUCAUAGUUUAUUAGAUAUAAUCCGUGUAAAGUUUGCUUAUCAUUUUGGCAUAAAUUAUGACCUAAAUUUGGAAACCGCUGAAUUUCUCGAAUUGGGUCUUUGCGAUUUUGUCGAAACUGUGUUCAGCGCAAGGCACUAAUGCGCACUAUGUAUAGCCGAGAGAGUUUCACGAAAAAACGCCGGCAACAGCAGAUUUUCGACUCAGACCUCAAAGGGGCGUGGCAUUAUAACCACGUGACAUUUACUCCGAUCGCCAAAAAGUUUAUGUUAUAUUGUAGAUUGAUUCAUAUGUUAUCCAUUCUAUGUGUUAGACUUACGAUAAAAGUAAAGGUGGGGAUACCAGAGAGCUUCAAAGUAGGAUGGUACCCCCCAAAAAAACUGGGUCGAGUCACCUUAAGGCUGCAUUCAUUAUGUGUACUGCAGGAUGGGGCAGAAGAUUUUUGCGGGGGAUCUCAAAUUUUUUGGAAAGGGACAAGGGAGGUUUACCAAAUUUUUUGACAGACGAAGAGGGGGCUUGCUAAUUUUUUUUCUCCACUUUCUCAUAAAAGAGGGGGGUUGCUAAUUUUUGUUUCUCCACUUAUUAAAAAAGAAUAAUUUUUUCGUGGAUUUUUUUAAAUAAAAGAAGACCAUCCUAAUUAAUUGAAGAACGUUUGCUAGCUUAUUUGCCUUAUAAAUACGCUCUUUAAAGGACUUUAUUAUAAAAGUCAAAUGUUUUUAUUGUAAAGCUUAUUUCUCUUAAGUCAACAACAACUACUUCAAUCUUUCUUUUACUGGAAAAUUGCAAUAUUUCUGUGUUUGACAGUAGCCAGACCUUGAGACAAGGGGGAGGGGGCGGCGGUCUCCAAAAAAUUUUUUUUCGGCCCUUUGGGCCUCAGUUUGGUCCAAAAAUAAGGGGGGGGCGGGCCCCUCCCCUGGAUGCGCCACUGGUAGCCACUGAAAUCAAGACUAAUGAAUGGACUGAAAUAGAGCUCUAAAACUAACAUAACCGCCAUACAGAGUAUUUUUUUAAUUAGUAUUCCUAUGCAAACAAAUUAACAUUGGAAUGUCUUAAAGUGCUUGAUGGUUCAAAUAGCAUACACAACUUGAAAAACAUGUCACCAGUUUAAAAUCUGCUGACGAAUGUUAUUAAACUGUACAAAUGCUUGAAUGCUUGAAAACAAAUUGCAACUUUCAAAGAAUGAAAGAUGGUAAAUUUUAAGCUCGGUGAAACAAAUGUGAAAAUGAAAUGAUCAGCGUGUCACAAGUAUGGGACAAAGAAAAAAAUCUGAGUCCCCGACAGGAUUCGAAUCAAUGACCUCCCAAAUACCGGGCUCGCGUUCUAUCCACUUUUGAGUUAACGGAGAACUCAUGGAGUUUGAAUUGGACAUUCCAACUUUCUUUGUGAAGGCAUGCUCUAAACUUUAUCAUUGUCAUAAAAACUCUCAGUACCCUCUUCAUUUGCACCAUCAUCAUAGGCAGCAUUAACAACAUCAACAAUACUUUGCUUCUCUAAAUUAUAUUAUAGCGCAAUCUACAUGUUCAAGAUAGUCAGUUCCCUCAGUUGCCGAAGUGCUUUGAGAUGGAAUUUGGGAGUAGAGUGCUUGUACCUUUAUAUCCUCUUCUUUGCAUUUUUUUUUUCAAAAGAAUCUGUGAGCCUUUGGUUACCUUUUGUUUUAGUUUUCUAUUUGAAACAUAAAUCUCUCCACCUCCACCAUUUCAUCAUAUUGCCUAUAUUUUACUUUCCUCGUCUAGAGUGGGUUGUGGUGGGGAGGUUUCAGUUUUUUCUUUUGGUCAAGAGGGGGUUUUCAAAAUAUUCUGCAUGUUGUGGGGGAUCUGAAAAAAUUUUGCCCCUUUAAAUAAAUUGUCUGUCCCCCCCCCAUCACCCCCCCUGCAGUAUACAUAAUGAAUGCAGCCUUUAGUGGCCACCUAUUAAGCUGCUAUCCUCCAUUAAAUGGCCAGUAAUUAAAAUCCCGAAAUCAUUGCAGAAAAGAAUGGGAAAUUAAACCCCUAUCGAGCGGUUAAGCGAUCGCGGCCACCUUUGUGCCGUUGCAACGAGAGUUUUCCCGUUGUUGUCACCUCUAUUAAGCGGAAGUCAAGCACUUAACAGUCUAAGUUUGGCUUUAUUUUACGAAUAUGAUGAAGGAAACUCACUGUCCGAGGUUAAGAAGGUAACGACCGAUUGUGGAACCGUUGCGUGUAUCCCGAGGGUGGCCGCUUAAUGGGCUUUCAACUGUACGUACUCAUAGUCAUAUCCAUCAUUUGCGUUAAAUUAUAAGGGCAGCAGGCUGCUUACAGAAAUCUUUCUAAUCCCGGCUCAUCCUCGUACGGGUUUAUUUUAAAAAGAGCUUGAAUGCAUUCUUCGUAAGUGCAUAUAACACAAAGAAACUCAAAGUAAUCAAGAUAGCAUAGCUGUACUGGAAGAAGUAGGAGGUAAAAAGGAAAAAACCAAAACUUCCCAAGUUUUUACAUCGACUAAGACUUGAGCUAUACUAAGGAAAAUAUAGGAAGUAAAAAGGAAUAAACGUCCCAGGUUUUCACACCGAGUUAGACUUCAGUCGGAACCGAGCAGGGCCAGGGGCCAGGAGGGUCUUCUCUAUUCUAUAUGAACCAUUAUACAUUUCUGAGAAUCCCUAGGCUUAAAAUAACUGUAGCUAGUGUUCAGUAUUUUGGUGGUAAAGAAAUAGACUUUCUUUUCGCUUGCUGUAUACUUAUAUUCCGCUGGCAAGGGAUGUUAACCCUUAGAAGAUGGUGUCAAUAGGGUGGUGGCUUUUACGGUUAUGGGCUAAAAUUUUUACUCUUUUACGGCUCUCGGUUAAUUUUUUCAGUUACGGUUAACAAAAAGUUAAAAAUUGAUUUCUGUUGUUUCAAAGAGUUAAAUAUUAAUAAACCUGACGGUAUUUUUUGUAUCUUCAAAGCAAAAUAAAGGUCUUAGGAUCAUUUCGGGAUAAAAAUUCUUUUGAAAAUUUUUUAACAUUUGAUGGAUCAUACUAUUUAUAAAGAAUUCCAUUUUUAAUAUUAGUUAUUUUACGCAUAGAAACUGGUCAGUAAUCAAUUUAAAAAUAAUCUUUCUGAAAAAGCAAAAGCAGACACGCGAACGCCCAUCUCAAGGCGAAGGAGAGACAUUCAUUAUAACAGAAAUGGCCGUUUUCAAACUAGCGACGGAUUAUUCGUGUGAGAUGGGUUAUCCGUUUGAUAAUUCGCGUCAGAUAGGUAAUACCGUUGUCUUAAUUUGAAAUGGAAAGGGUUUUAAUUUUGAAUGAACAAUCCGCCUGACUUUAUCCGUCAAUUUUGACGGACAGUUUGCAGAUGGAUUAUCCGUUUCAGAUAGCCUGUGUACAGCCGCUCCCUCCUCUCAGAAAAAAAUCGGAGAAGGGGUGUUUGUGGGGGAGAGGGCGACCGUGCACAGGCCAGUCUCAGACGGAUAAUCCAUUUCUAGCUCUUGUUUGAAAACGGCCAAUAACAAAAUUCCCUUGUCCGGUGUUUUUAAUGAUAGCGAAGGACUGUACAGAAAGAUUGUCUGCCGUUGCCUUGUCCAUAGGCCUCAUUACUCCGCACGGCUAAUGCGUUUCGGGUCACUUUGUCCGAGCGAGUUUUUUUCUCAGAUACGCCACCGAAAUGCCUUCACCGAGAUUGCGUGGGAAGACGCCGAACAGGGACAUGGCAAUGUCUACCUUAGCGUCAGAGAAAAACAGGGAGUUGUUGUUUAUCGGCAACGUGUUUUACAGACAGUGAUAUCUCUAGGUGUUGUUUCACUAGUAUUUCGAGAGAACGACCUCCUGAAAAUCCCCAGCAAGAAGCCAGAUGUUCGCUAUGGAAAAAAUUAGUUCCCCAAGAGAACGGCGGAAAUGAAAUUUAGGUCUAGGUCACAACUAAAAGGCGCUUGGCCUAUUAAACGUGUGCGUACGGAGUCAGAGUAGCCGGGAAAUAAAUAACGCAACCAUAAGUGAGUUUAGCACGUUCCUUGAAAUUAACAAAUCUAGGGAACAAGUUUACGGUUAACUCUUUUUUACCCUAUUUACGGCUAACGGUUAAAAUUUUUCAAUUUUUACGGCUAUCGACUAAAUUUUUGGCCGUUUUACGCCUAUCGGUUAACUCCAUAAAGACCCUCUUAGAACUACCGGUAAGUACACUUUCAGAAAUUUGAGUGUUCUGAAUGUUCCCGCCGGCCCGGUUUGUAGUUUGUUGCCUACAGCUUAAGUAUUUUCAGUGGAAGGUAGGUAAAUGUACAAUUAGUAGUUAGAUAUUUGCGAGAGACAAAAGGAGCCUGCAGCCUAUUCUUGGUCAGCGGCACUCUUUUAACUGUAUAGUGAGAUUUUUCCCGAUUCUGUCCACAUUCUUGAGAUGACUAAUAUGCAUGGUAUGUGGCCUCGAAGGCGCGGGUGUUGAGUUUAAGGUCAGUCUGAUGUCACGGUAAUCAUGUGAAUUCACAUGCAAAAAGUGAGGCAAAAAUCAUUAUUACACAUUCGAUUCGCAAGCACACGUAAUUUAGGUUCACAAGUACUGUACUAAAUGGGAGACUUUUCGAUUGGCCUUGCCAGCCUGGAAUCUAUUUACCCAGGAAAAUGAAAGUAGAGCCUGAUCUCAGCUUAAUGUGGGACAAGUUUUCGGUAAGAUGCGAGUGCUAGCAAAGUCUAGAAAGCAAUGUAAAUUAAGUUUAUUCAGGUUUCACAACAGUGUAUGGUUUUUAUAUUUUUAUACGUUUCAAAGCAUGUUACGUCGCUUGUCAUCCGAAAGCUUCAAUAAGCUUUAAACUCCAGUGACAAUUUAAGCUGUUUCAUUAUUCAAUCCAUUUUUCAUCAUCCACAGUGAUUCCUUUUGUUGACACUAUAACUAAGUCUGUUGCUAAUAGAAAGCGUGUGCCUUGGUUUAACCACAAAAUUAAAGAUGCUAUUAAGGCUAGGCGGAGAGCUGAGAGAAAGUAGCCUGCAGUGCAGGCGUAUUUUGGCUGGGCGAAACCUUGUUCGUGUUCGUAAUCGAUCGUAAUAUUGUUGUAGCCGCCAUCUUUGAUUUUAUGACAGUGGAAGAUUGGGGAGAGUAGAAAUAGUAACCCUUACGGUAGGUGCGAGGGCGAAAGAAGGAAAGGGGGGAGGGGGAGGGAAGAAAAAAAAUACGCCUACCCGAUAUCAUUGUUCUUUUGGGAAACUCCGUACCCUGGCAAACGGAGCUCCUGAUUGGGGUUGAGCAGUUUAGGCAGCAUCUGACGGCCAACAAUUUACAUUCUCAGCUUCAAUCGGCGUAUAAACAACAACACAGCACGGAGACGGCCGUACUUAAAGUUAAGAAUGAUAUUUUGAUGUCUAUGGACGAGCAACAUGUCACCUUGUCGUAUUAUUAGAUUUAAGUGCAGCUUUUGACACGAUACAUCAUGAUAAGCUGAUUUGUCGUCUAGUCUGAUUUGGGAAUAACUGACAAUGGGCUUGCCUGGUUUAAAACGUCUCUAUCUUACCGGUUCCAGCGUGUCUCUGUAAAUGGUAGUCUCUCAGAUAAGUUUCCUUUAAAACAAGGUAUUCCUCAAGGAUCAUGUUUGGGCCCCUUGCUUUUCACUAUCUACACGCGCAAACUGUUUCAGAUCGUUGAACGCCACCUCCCACAAGUUCACUGCUACGCGGAAGAUACACAGUUGUAUGUAUCAUUAAGCCCCAAUCGAUCUGCGGACGCUGAUUUUGCCAUCAAGUCCAUGACUGACUGUAUCAGUGACAUUAGGAGUUGGAUGAUUUCAGAUACAGUGAAACCAGUAUUAAGCGGACAUCCUCUAUUAAGCAGACAGUAGCCGAAGUCCCAAAAUUUAUUUCCCUUAUUUAACUUAAAUGAAACCUUUAUUAAGCGGACACCUCUAUUAAGCGGACACGGACACCAAAAAAGUACCUGAAAUGGUCAUUUCUAUUGUUACCAACCUGUAUUAAACGGACACUUGUAAUUAAAUUCCACCACCCAACAUGCCAGACACCGGAAAUGCGAAAGAUUGCCUCGAAUUGCCACCCCAAAAUUUUCGAUUUUUACAUUUAAAAACUUGAGUUGACGAACUUAUUUGAUUAGUUUCACCGUACUGUAUUGUUUCUAUUUCGUUUUGUUUGUACAGAGCUUGUUUCACUCAUCUGAUUUCUUCAAAUUUGAGUUGCAAUCUAUGUCAGUUAUGGUACUAUGAUCAAUUGGUUCACUUUGAUAAAGAAAUCAAUGCAAACGUAUAUCGUCAUAGUCUCUGAGAGUAUUCUAAACGUUUCCACUGUUCAUUUGAAUGGCAUUUGACAUCUCAUAUGAUGUUACCUAUCGAAACCUGUAUCAGGCGGACGCCCUGUAUUAAGCCGACACUACAGCAUUCCACGAGGUUUCACUGUACCCGCUUCUCCCAGCCACAGGCAAUUCCCAUUGGCUAAAUUUCGAUGCAAGCUGUCACCAAGCUGUCAAGUAAUGUUUUCAACAAGUAAUUCGCUAUAUUCUGUACGGUGAUAGAUAGAUUCUCAAAGCUUUCGCUGUAAAAUGACGUGUAUGUUGAUUGCCUGGAUUAUUGGGAUUUGUUUUAAAAUCGGAGCAAAGGGAAUCUUUGGAGUUGCUGCUCAGGGGAAAGGAUGUUUUCUGUGUCCUGCCAACAGGAUUUGACAAAAGCCCUAAUUAUCAGAUGUUUGUUCAUGCAAAGAGUUCUUCAAGUUCCGUGCAACGGCCGACAGUCAUUGUUAUCUCGCCUGUGUAAAAAAGGGGGAUCGGCAGACAACACACGACUUUUACGUCAAUCCAAAAUACUGCUUGUUCCAAUGAAUUGUUUUCUCCGUCGGGAAGAUUUUGCUUUGGAGGAAAACGUUUUGACUGAGCAAAUGUGAAUUUUGGCCGCUUAUUAAAUAUAUUUCAUACUGAGAGGUCGUGACACGCAUAUUGAUUUUCUCUGGUCGGCAUGAUUUGCCCUCUGAUGCAAAAGCAUUUUCUUUCUUGGCCCCUUUAGAAAUGUAAAGCUCUUCACUGCAGCUGAUUAAGGGCUUUAGGUUGUUUUAUUUCUCCAAAGUGCCUCCUGGAUUUGAAUAAUUUUAAGCGAUUUUCUUUGUGUCCGUGAAUGUGACUUUUUCCUGCAAAUUGUUUUGUCACGCAGGGUCCAGCUCGUUAGCGUUUUUAGCAGGAUUUUAAAUUCUCACAGAUAGUGAUUUAAAGAGCUAAAUCACCAAGAAGUGGAUUAGAAUGAGGGGAUUUACUCAUUCUUUUCAAUCACAAUAAUUGUACAUUGUCAGUUAGCGUGUUCUGUUCUUCUCUAAUUUGCGAAAGCAUCGCCGUGCAGUUUCCCGGGGCAGUCACGGCUAACCUUUGUUCCGCACGGAGAGCAAACUCUUGUGGAGAAAGAUUCUCCUUCCUCGAGGAUAACGAAAAGUUCGUUUUUCAGUAGGGCGGCCCAUUUUGGUAACGUUUCCCCUUUUCUGGCAGGCGCAACAAACACAUUUUCCAAGCUUAUCCAUCCACUGGUAAAAUCGCCGAACUGUGUUUUGAAACAACAGCCGUAAGAGGCUAGAGUUGCACGAGGCGCAGCCGAGUGCAACUCUUACGCCUCUUUCGUGCUCUCCCGCGUGCUCAAUAUCUCGACAUACGCACGCUGACGCAUGAACUAAUUGUUAAUUAGAAUUACUGGAUUACAGCGUCAAGAUUCGAAGCCAAGUGCAGACAAUAACACGCGCUAUUCUCCCUCGAAAUCAGUCACCGAGUGUAUCAAUUUGACAAAGAGGGCGGAGUUGUGAACAGAUUUUUGACAGCUCGACGACAUUUUUGAACCCCCUGGUCGGAACGAACUCAUUGUAUGGAAAACGGACAGUCGUUUUUUUUUCUCUCGCCUCACACGCCCGUAGGGCGUGUGAGGCUCGCGCUCUUUGCGCGCGUAAGACUCUUACGCCACGCUUUACCGAUUUCUUUACUGAUUUUGAGAAAAAACCGACUGUUUUGCAGUCUACUCACGUACGAACCACGAAAGGGUCGAAGUCCGACACUUUCACGUGCAAACUGUCUGAUUAUACUUCUCAUGCUGGCUUUUGACAGUAAUGAUAGUAACUUGAACGUAUGAAGAUAUCUUUAGUUUUGUAACCAGUGCCUAAGCAAAGGCUCUUUUCUUUUAAGGUAUCUGCACCGGCAAAUUCUGCACAUUUUAGGUGAUACACUGACAUCCAAUGUAAGAGAAUUAUCUACAUGUUAGACAAUAACAUUGUUCUUUGGUCCAUAAGGAACAAAACUAGUGAAAAAAUUGUAAGGCUACAUCACUCUAAAGGUGUUAUUUUAAUUACCCCCUGGGGGUGGCAUGGAAAGAGAAGAAUUCAAAUUUCACAAAAACCACAACAGUUUGUGGGAAAAAUGAAAUGCAACACAAACAGGGACGUAAAAAGCAACAAUCCUGUGUUUGACCAAGACACAGCUCCGAGAAAUACGCCCUCUAGAGGGCAAUUUGUUGUUUUGUAAUUUGAUCCCUUUUUGGACUUUAGUAACUCAGCCGUAUGGUAAGUUCAUUCUUUGGUCAAACACAGAUCUGUUCAUCAACAUGCUCUUUGUGUAUUUGCCAAAUUUCACGAAGAUAUAAUGAUCCAUUCCUCCAAAAAACUGCUUCCCGUAAGUCAAGGUAAAUCGAUCACGCUGUAAUUAACGCUUUUCCAGUGUAAAAAAGCUUAUUUUCUUCUCAAAAUCAACUGUGUUUGCUCGAUACUACCAUCACAGACCUUCUUGCCCGCCAUUUUGAAUCACCGCUGUGUAAAAUGCUCGUGGAAGCCUAAGAAAACGCCAAAUGACCUCUCUAUAGCCCCCUUGGUUUUUGAUACGUGACCAGUUGCUAGGUGUGACGCAUUUCCGGAAGAUGCGUUACUCAGUGUCAGCUACAAUGCAGUGAAGCGCGCCGAAAUAUGAAGAUUGAAGAAGAGUCUUAUUCAAAAAUGAAAAGAAUUGCUUCUGUAAAGUGAAAGAAAUUUGUAGAAAAACAGACCAGAGGAUUAGGGGCCAAGAAAACGUUUUACUCUCUCGGCAAAAUUGUCAGAAUAUAUCAGGUGAGAAGACACACCGAUGUAAUGUAAAUUUAAAACAAUAAUAAGCCCUGGAAAACGGAGUAUAUUUCAAGAACAUAACAAAUAUUGACAAGUAGCAAGUAAUAUUAGUCAUCACAGCUUUAACAGAAGCAAGAAAAAUCAAGUUGGACAUACAGCCGCUGUAGUUUGUCAAUGAAUCCAAGCAGUGAAUAGAUUUUGUUCAGCGCAUCAAUAGAACUUGAUGCCGAAAAGAGGAGUCAAAUUGCGCUACUGCCGUUCUUUUUCUUAGUAACGGAAAUGAAAAAUUUUCUCUAACUUCCGGUAAAUCAGUCAACUUUUGAGUAGAUUUUCUCUUGAAUGCGAAGGUGUAUUCAAAAAAGAACACCAGAUAUGCAUAUUACAUCAUCUGAACUUACUGUAGAAAGAUUUUGAGGGCAAAAUAAAAUGUUGAAAAUUUGCCGGUGCAGAUACCUUAAGAAGCAAUAACUUAUAACAAUUUUAGAAUUAAAUUGGCAGAGUUCAGGACUGCUUCAUUAAAGUAGAAUCGCACGUGACAACCUCGUGAAUAAUGAUGAUGCAAUCAUCUCCACGAAUGAUGAAAAUCGUGACACUUCUUAGCUAUUCGGUAUUCGAAAAAACCUUGAAACCUUCGAGUAGUCACCCUAUAGACCUUGUCACGGUUUUCGACGCUAUCUUGACGAGUAGGCAAAUGGGUGAGAAAUUACAGUAUUUGUAUGAGAAUCUAAUGUCGAAUAAUUUCUGUAAAACGGCUGUUCUGAAAAAAAUAUGAAUUGUAAACUAAACCUACAAAAUAAGGAAUUGUCCUAAAAUAUUUUGGGGGCGUACCUGUGCUUAAAUUUCUCCACAGGCUUGCUUUAGAUUUGUCUGUAAUUUUUCCCGGGACUUUCUUACAGACAAAUGGAUAGAAAAUUUUAAAAAAGUGGUUCUAGGUCCUCUAGCGCAUGUAACGCUGUCAAUUUUUUCAGUAAAAUCCUUAGGAGUGAAGCUUUAAAUUACAAUUCAUAUUUUUUUUCAGAACAGCUGUUCUACGGAAAUUAUUCGACAUUAGAUUCUCAUACAAAGACUGUACUAUGAAUUUCUCACGCAAUUGCCUACUAGUCAAGAUGACCGGUGUGGGCCGCGUUACCCAACUGUCUGGUUCAAUUGGUGGAAAGCGUGCAGAAGUCUGCACUAGGAAUAAUUUUUCCAGAUUGCUCUUAUGAGUCGGCACUCGUGCGCUGUGGCUUGCCUACACUGUUGUCGCGCCGUGAUGAGGCUUGCCGGCGUUUUAUAUCUAACAUCAAGGAGUCCGGGUUCCUUUCACACCUGCUGCCGCAGCCCACGAAUGUCGCUCAUGAGUACGGGUUGAGGUCGGGUUUUUCCCGUUCUGAAUUCCUCUUUGUCAGAACGGACCGCCUUAGAAAUUUUGUUACCCACAGUUACAAUAGGAUUUAAUUGUUUUUGCCUUCUGUGCCAUGUGUAAUUAUGUGUUCUGCGUAUUCUUGACCUCCCUUGUAAUUUAGUGUUAUACACUACCAAAGGGUUUAAUAAACUGAUUAUUAUUAUUAUUAUUAUUAUGGCGUCGAAAACCGUGACAAGGUCUAUUAAAGCAACGUUUGUUGAGUAGAUAUUCACAGUAGUACUCUAACAAUUUGUUUAUUUUGCACCAGAUGUCUAAAGGAAAAACAGAAAAGUGAAUCUAUAGUAUGAGGAUCAUGAUUCAUUAAUGUGCAGCUAUACCCAAUUUCGCUCAAUCAUAACCUUAAUCUAGGAUUAAAAGGGUAGAUUGCCGAUACUGUUAUACUGAAGCAUUCAAAAUAGCCCAUGCACGUAAAACGUGCCUAUGUUUUGGAGAAGACCCCAAUCCAUCAAGUCAUAUUACACAACGCUAAAAAAAAACACGUAGGAGGAUCACUCUUUUGUGGCAAACCAAAUGCGACUGCGAUAGACAAAAUCAAAUGAUACAGGAGCUAAUUCUAAGUAAGCUUUAAUUCUACAGGUUUUAAUUUUACUUUUAAUCUCCGUUAUCGUACGUUGUCGUAUAUAAAGAGAAAUACUGUAUCAACGGAAAAAUGAAACCACAACAUAUCUAUACUUUUUUGCAGAAGAGCUGAAAAAACAAAGCCAGCAAAAAUGUGACAACCACAACUGUCUUCUGGAAAAGCAGUAGAUUUAUCUGCAAUUUGUAAUUGGAAUGGCUGAGAAAGGACAAACAGAGGCGAAUUGUAAUCUUGAAAACACCAACAAGAUUGCCAAUGAAGUUAGAGAGAGGAGUGAGGAAGAAAAAGCGAAUAGUCAUAUUGGCGACGAAAAGGUCAACUUUAAAGAUAUCAAGGACGCCAUAGACUGCUAUGAACGAGACCUCAAAAUAUCCAGGGAAGCGGGAGACAGGGCAGGAGAAGGAAGAGCGUACUGUGAUCUUGGCAACGCCUAUUACAGUCUUGGAGAUUUCCAGAAAGCCUUAGAGUACCAUGAACGACACCUCAAAAUCUCCAAACAGGUGCGAAACAGGGCAGAAGAAGGAAAUGCGUACUGUAAUCUUGGUAACUGCUUUGUCAGUCGUGGAGAUUUCCAGAAAGCCAUAGAGUACUAUGAACGAUACCUCAAAAUUUCGAAAGAAGUGGGAGACAGGGCAGGAGAAGGAAGAGCGUACUUUAAUCUUGGCAACGCCUAUCAUACUUUUGAAGAUUUCCAGAAAGCCAUAGAGUACUAUGAAGGAUACCACAAAAUUUCGAAAGAAGUAGGAGACAGGGCAGGAGAAGGAAGAGCGUACUGUAAUCUUGGCAACGCCUAUCACAGUCUUGGAGAUUUCCAGAAAGCUAUAGAGUACCAUAAACAACACCUCAGAAUUUCGAGAGAAGUGGGAGACAGAGCAAAAGAAGGAGGAGCGUAUGGUAACCUUGGCAACGCCUAUGAGAGUCUUGGAGAUUUCCAGAAAGCCAUAGAGUACCAUGAACGAGACCUCAAAAUUUCGAAAGAACUGGGAGAUAGGGGAGGAAAGAGAAGAGCGUACUGUCAUCUUGGCAACGCCUAUCACAGAGUUGGAGAUUUCAAGAAAGCCAUAGAGUACCAUGAACGAGACCUCAAAUUUUCGAUAGAAGUGGCGGACAGGGCAGGAGAAGGAAGAGCGUACGGUAAUCUUGGCAACGUCUAUCGCAGUCUUGGAGAUUUCCAGAAAGCCAUAGAGUACCAUGAACGAGACCUCGAAUUUUCGAAAGAAGUGGGAAACAGGGGAGGAGAACGAAGAGCGUACUGUAAUCUUGGCAACGCCUACGUCAGUCGUGGAGAUUUCCAGAAAGCUAUAGAAUACUAUGAAGGAGACCUCAAAAUUUCGAAAGAAGUGGGAGACAGAGCAGCAGAAGGAAUAGUGUACGGUAAUCUUGGCAAUGCCUUUAGAAAUCUUGGAGAUUUCCAGAAAGCCAUAGAGUACACUGAACGUCACCUCAAAAUUUCGAAAGAAGUGGGCGACAGGGCAGGAGAAGGAAGAGCGUACUGUAAUCUUGGCAACGCCUAUCUCAGUCUUGGAGAUUUCCAGAAAGCCAUAGAGUACUAUGAAGAAGACCACAAAAUUUCGAAAGAAGUAGGAGACAGGACAGGAGAAGGAAGAGCUUACUGUAAUCUUGGCAACGCCUAUCACAGUCUUGGGGAUUUCCAGAAAGCCAUAGAGUGCCAUAAACGAGACCUGAAAAUUUCGAAAGAAGUGGGAGACAUAGCAGAAAAAGGAAAGGCGUACGGUAAUCUUGGCAACGCUUAUGAGAGUCUUGGAGAUUUCCAGAAAGCCAUAGAGUACCAUGAACGUCACCUUAAAAUUUCGAAAGAAGUGAGAGACAGGGCAGGAGAAGGAAGAGCGUACUGUAAUCUUGGCAACGCCUAUCACAGUCUUGGAGAUCUCCAGAAAGCCAUAGAGUACCAUGAACGAAGCCUCAAAAUUUCGAAAGAAGUGGGAGACAUGGCAGUAGAAGGAAGAGCGUACGGAAAUCUUGGCAACGCCUAUUACAGUCUUGGAGACUUUCAGAAAGCCAUAGAGUACCACGAACGACACUUCAAAAGUUCGAAAGAGGUGGGAGACAGGGCAGGAGAAGGAAUAGCGUACAGUAAUCUUGGCAACGCCUAUUACAGUCUUAAAGAUUUUGAGAAAGCCGUUGAGUAUUAUAAGAAGAGUGUUAUAGCCUUUGACCACAUCAGAGGAAAUCUCAUAUCUAAUGACGAAUGGAAGAUUACCCUCGGGAAUACGUAUGGUGAUAUUAAUUUGAGGCUAUGGGAGCUGCAGUUUUUGCAAGGUAAAGUCAUCGAGGCACUUUUAACUGCUGAUCAAGGACGUGCACAAGCUUUAAGAGAUCUUCUGGAGUACAAGUAUGGUCUUAAAGUGCGACGCCCAGAAAUAGGAACGUUUUAUGCGAGACCAAGUGACUUUCCUAGUUACUUACCUUCAAAUACAGCUUUCAUAGGUAUCAACAAGUUAGGAAUAGUUCUCUGGGUGAACGAGAAAGGAAAAGAAAUCAAAACUAGAGUAACUCUGAUCGAUAACUCCGUCACAACCUAUUUUCAGUCUCUUUUGGAAACUACACAUGAAGAAAUAGGUGUGAGAGCUGAUGUGAAUUGUGAAGAUCGCUCGCUAGGGAACCCAAACGAUAAAAAGGUAGCAGAAGAAAGAUCCAUUAAGCCAAAGUCUCAUCCUUCAUGUUAUGAGACAAAAUCAUUAGAAACAUUUUACAAUGUUGUCAUAGACCCUAUAAGGGACUUACUCCAGGGCGAUGAGGUUGUGGUCGUUCCACAAGGACCUCUGUGUUUGGCGCCUUAUGCUGCUUUCAUGGACUUAAAAUCAAAGCACCUCUGUGAAACUUUCAGAAUUCGUCUCCUUCCCUCACUUUCUAGUCUUCGAUUAAUCCAAAAUAGUCCAGCUGAUUGGCACAGCAAGACUGGCGCUCUUCUCGUCGGCGAUCCGUGGGUACAGGCAGUAGUUUAUGAAGGAAGAACGCUAAAGCAGUUAGAGUGGGCCGAAAAAGAAGUACAGAUGAUUGGGAAAAUACUUCAAAGUGAGCCUCUUGUUGGAAAGCAGGCAACAAAAGAUGAAGUUUUGCGACGUAUUUCCUCGGUUGCUUUGGUGCACAUUGCUGCUCACGGUAAAAUGGAAACAGGAGAAAUUGCCUUGGCCCCUAACACAACACGUUCAUCAUCCGGAAAUCCAGCCAGGGAGGACUAUCUCUUAACUAUGCAAGAUGUUUUAAAGGCGCAGAUUAGGGCAAGACUUGUUGUACUUAGUUGCUGUCAUAGUACCCGGGGAGAAGUCAAAUCUGAGGGUGUGGUCGGCAUCGCACGGGCAUUUUUGGGUGCUGGUGCUCGUUCUGUUCUGGUGUCCCUGUGGGCGAUCGAUGACGAAGCUACUAUGGAGUUCAUGAAAGUUUUCUACCAACACUUAGUCCAUGGACGAAGUGCCAGUGAGGCCCUAAAUAAAGCCAUGAAUUCGAUGAGAGAAUCUGACCGCUUUGACGCAGUGAAGUACUGGGCGCCGUUUGUUCUCAUUGGUGAUGACGCAACUCUUGAGUUUGAGGCAUCGAUUAAAUAG